GUGAAAAGAAUCGCCAUGUUGUACCUCGUGGGACUUGGUCUCUCUGAUGAGACAGAUAUUACUGUCAAGGGUCUUGAGGUUGUCAAGAAGGCCUCGAGAGUCUACCUUGAGGCGUACACCAGUAUCCUACUUGUAGACCAGUCGGUCUUGGAAUCCUACUAUGGACGAUCGAUUACGGUUGCCGACCGUGAGAUGGUCGAGUCCAACAGCGAUGAAAUUCUACGAAAUGCGCAAAACGAGGACGUAGCAUUCCUCGUUGUGGGAGAUCCAUUUGGCGCAACAACACAUACCGACCUCGUCUUGCGUGCCCGAGAACUCGAGAUCCCCGUCCGAACUGUCCCUAACGCCUCCAUCAUGUCCGGUAUCGGCGCCUGCGGCCUCCAGCUCUACAACUUUGGCCAGACCGUCUCCAUGGUGUUCUUUACAGACACGUGGAAGCCCGCGUCGUUCUACGAUCGGAUAAAGGAGAACCGAGAGAUUGGUCUCCAUACUCUGGUCUUGGUGGACAUCAAGGUCAAGGAACAGAGCCUGGAGAAUAUGGCUCGAGGUCGUCUGAUCUACGAGCCCCCCCGAUACAUGACUGUGGGCCAGUGCGCCCAGCAGAUGCUGGAGAUUGAGGAUGAGCGCAAGGAGGGCGUCUACACCAAAGACAGCCUGGCCAUCGGUGCCGCUCGCGUGGGAGGCGUAACAGAGAAGUUUGUUGCCGGAACACUGGAGGAGCUUUGCUCUGCUGAUGAAGAGCUUGGCCCCCCUCUUCACAGUCUCGUGCUCCUCGGCCGAAGGACCCACGAGCUCGAGCACGACUAUGUUCGACAGUUUGCUGUUGACAAGGAGAAGUGGGACAGGCUAUGGAAGGCAGAGUAUGGCAAGCAGUAG